UCUCUUGUGUAUUUGACUUUUUAUUUACAAUUUUCUCUGACGAAGAAAAGUCUUGAAUUUUUAUGGAACAGUCCUGAAAACAGCCCUAAUUGACCUCACAGUGGGUGCACACUAUACCCGGAAGUGUGCGGUGCAGAGAAGAUUUCAGUUUUCUCAAAUAUUUCCGGGAUUUGGGUUGCUACAUUGCAAUGAAGAGGAUUUUGGGGUGCUUGGAGGGAUAAAGUGAAGGCCGAGGAAUGGCAUUCAGCAACUCUGUGGUGUAUUCUCCGGUUGGAGGCGGUGGAGGCACUCCGUCCGUGUGGAAGCGAGUGAAGCACAUGAAAAUCUCCCGAAUUGUCUUCGCCGUUUCCUUCAUUCUCAUCUCUGUGGCCCUGAUCACGCAUCUGUACGUCGUUAAUGUGGAGGCUGAGGAAAAUAGCAAUAAUGUGUACAAAUCUCGUUCGCAACUUGAGGCUUUUGAGGACUUCAACUCACUGAGGGCAGCUGAUCUCAAGCUGCGGAUUGAUGAGAUGCUGCGGAUUAAGGGAACAGUCUCUGUGGAGCUGAGGGAGUUGGAGUCUCGACGGCAGAAGCUUCAGUUUGACAUCAGUUCGUACAAUCAGAAGAUUGACGAACUGAAGCAGGAAAUGUCCAGACAGCAAACUGAGCUGGAUCGCCUCAAGAUCUCCGUGGAGCAGGCUCAGGUGGCUCAGCAGGAGGCAGUGCUGCGAAAUACACCAGAACUGGCACUUCCGAAGCCGCUGUUUCCCGCUCAACUUCCACCCAAGAACGCUCCGGCGAGCGUCCGCGAGGCUGAAAAAUGUCAAAUGAGCACCUGCUUCGAUCACUCGCGCUGCAGUUUGACUUCUGGCUUUCCCAUUUAUCUAUACGAUCCAGAUUCAUUCCCUGCAGUGGGUUCUGGCUUCGAUGUGGACGGAUUCUUGAAGACUACCAUCAAGCAGACGCUGGGAUACAAUAUGCAUCUCACAGAUGAUCCCAAAGCGGCGUGCGUGUUUCUUGUCCUCACUGGGGAGUCACUGCCGGAACACGAGACAGUCCGCAACAAUAGAUACACCGUGUCGUCUGCGCCGGAAACACGGAAUGGCACGGGAUUGAGUGCCAGGAAGCUGCAGCAAUUGCCUUUCUGGGGUGGAGAUGGCCGAAAUCAUGUCCUCCUGAACUUUGCCAGAAGGGAUUUGACACCCACAGCAGCUCUGGCUGUAAAGACAGUGGACACAGGACGGGCUAUGAUAGUGCAAUCGACGUUCGCAGCCUCGCAGUUCAGGAGGGGCUUUGAUUUGCUCAUCCCACCGAUCUUGGGACCACCAGGAGGCGAUGUGUGGCAGGAAUGCGCCCCAAUGCUGCCCGCGAGGAGAAAGUAUCUCAUGUCCUUCCAAGGGGAACUGAAGAUCCAGAACACAUCCAGAGUUGUCGACAGAGACACCGAGACUCUCGACGACUUUAUCGUUGAGCAUCUGACUGAGAUGGCUUCAGGCAGAACGCAGGACAAGUUCCUGCUCCAAUUUCAGUGCAUUCCGGCCACUGAGCAGAAGUUCCUCUCACCCUUCCGGGAUUGGUCGCUCUGUGGCACAGAUUCAUCUCGACGGAGUGUGCUGAAAGAGUCCACAUUCGCUCUGAUCCUCGCCCCAGAGCGUCAUAUUGUGUCAUCUACUUAUCUCCAGGCGCGCCUGUACGAAGCGCUGCGAUCUGGAGCUAUUCCUGUGAUUCUGGGCGGGGAUCAGGUGGAGUUGCCAUAUGCUGAGACUCUGGACUGGCGUCGAGCGGUGAUUUUGCUGCCACGGGCGAGGAUAACAGAGCUACACUUUCUGCUGAGGGCAGUUCCAGACUCAGAUUUGCUAUUCAUGCGACGUCAAGGGAGACUCUUCUGGGAGAGAUACUUCAGCUCUGUCCAGGCUACAGUGGACACCAUUGUGACGAGCUUGAGAGAUCGACUGGGCAUCCCAGCGCGUCCUGUGCAGAACAUCGUGGCGCAGAGUGUCUUCAAUGGAACUUUCGUGCCACUGAAAUCUGACCCACCAGUUCUGGAUGCGGAGCCUGAGGAGUCUCUGGGGCCAAUCGAGCCUCCUUAUCCCAGCCCGGCGUUCAGGAGGAACUACACGGCUUUGCUGGUGCAAUCUCGAGAGGCGUGGAAUGACUGGGGAGAUCCUUUCUUCCUGUAUCCUCAGCUCCCAUUCGAUCCAGUCCUGCCAUCAGACGCGAAGUUCAUAGGCAGUCACAUGGGCUUCAGGCCGAUUGGACGAGGAAUUGGCGGAGCUGGGAAGGAGUUUAGCGAAGCUCUGGGUGGAAAUCAUCCGCGAGAGCAGUUCACAAUUGUGAUGCUGACGUACGAGCGCGAGCAGGUGCUGAUGGACUCCCUGGGGCGCCUCUAUGGACUGCCCUAUCUGCACAAAGUGGUUGUGGUGUGGAACUCCCCAAAGCCACCGCUCGAGGAUCUGCGGUGGCCGGACAUUGGGGUACCCGUGGCUGUCGUGAGAGCGCCCAGAAACUCCCUGAACAAUCGCUUCCUCCCGUUCGACGUAAUUGAGACGGAAGCUGUUCUCUCUGUGGACGACGAUGCUCAUCUACGCCACGAUGAGAUUCUGUUUGGGUUCCGCGUGUGGCGAGAACACAGGGAUCGCAUUGUGGGCUUUCCGGGACGCUUCCAUGCUUGGGAUUUGAACAGCAACUCGGCGUGGAAUUACAACUCAAACUACAGCUGCGAGCUGAGUAUGGUUCUCACGGGCGCUGCCUUCGUUCACAAAUACUACACUUAUCUCUACACAUACUGGAUGCCGCAGGCGAUCAGGGAUAAGGUGGAUGAGUACAUGAACUGCGAAGACAUCGCCAUGAACUUCCUGGUGGCGCACGUGACGCGCCAGCCGCCUGUGAAGGUGACUUCGCGGUGGACCUUCCGUUGUCCUGGCUGUCCCGUGUCGCUCAGUGAGGACGACACGCAUUUCCAGGAGCGCCACAAGUGCAUCAACUUCUUCAGUCGGGUGUUCGGGUACACGCCGCUCCUGAACACCCAAUACAGAGCGGAUUCAAUACUGUUCAAGACGCGCAUUCCGCACGACAAGCAGAAGUGCUUCAAGUUCAUCUAAGUUCCAAAGAUUCUGUGCGUGCCAUAGGAAUUUAACCAGCCAUCCAGACGAUUCUAAUGAUUUUUAACUCUCUCUGCAUCACCGCUGAACGCUUUCCUCACCCCCGAAACACUAAGCAUUUUAAUAUACAUAAUUGUAUAGUGACAAGAGACUUGUAUGUAAAAGUGUACACGAAAAAUAUAAUGAAGAUCAAUUAUGAAA